AUGGGUAACUGGAGUUAUGUUGGCUUACACCAAUAUGCCAUAGAAUAUGGAAUAAAUCCUGAAGAAUUUUUAAUUAUUACAGAGGCUGAAAGAAACAGGUGGUCUAUAGAUUGUUUUCCUGCUGACUUGGAAAGAGAUAUAUACUUUUAUCAUAGAAGAAUAGAAAGGAAAGAAGAUACUAGAAAAUAUUAUCAAUUUUUAACAGAACAGGAUAGGCUAGUUGGUGAAGAGUUAUUACGUCGCAGAGUUACUAUCAUUAGUUAUAGAGGUGGUAGUGUUAUUACUUAUGAUA